GAAGAGGAAGAGUUUUGCGCUCCUUCUCUGAGCUCUGCGGAGGCUGGGCUUCCUAGAAGAUGCUGCAUCCGGUGUGAGCAGCAGAAGGGCCAGAGUUGGAGUUGGAGCGGGGGCGCUUGCAGUUUGAGAAAUCCACGGCUAUGCCUCAGAAAAGCUUUAGGAAGCGGCCCCUACCAGGCGGGACCUACAAGUCAGAGACCAUGCAAUCCUUAAACGGCAGAAUUAAAAGGUUGCUGGUGCUGCAGUCGCUUCCAUUGUGUUCUGUGAACUAACUUCAGCCGCUGCCUUGGGAAAUGGGAAGAGAUGUGGGCUAAGACCAGGAUCUAUCAUCUGUUUUUAUUUUUAAAAGGAACAAUUUGCAGUUGAGCUCCAGCACCUCGAGUUUUGUGACACCUGAAAAACAAUCACACAUAUCAUGGCAUAAGUUUAACCUGCUUUGGAAGCCUGACUCCACAAUUUUAGCAGUUUGAGGCGCAAUGUGUUUUGCUUGUGCUCGGGGGCACUCUGACUCUUGUCAUUUAUUAGGUCACCUGUUUCAGACCUGAGUUUGGGAACUUGAAAGCUGAGCUGAGCUGAUCCUCCUGACACCCUAGAUAAGAUUAAAGACACAAUUACUCCUUCCCGCCUCCCGUUCCAUUAUCUGCAUAUAUUUCUGCUUCAGCCCUACUCUGAAAAGGUGUUUCUGCCCCAUAUGAAUUCCUUCCCACACCCAUCCCAGCUGCCUCUCCUCUGCAGACUCGCUUUAUCCACAUUUGUCACUCUGGAUCCAAACCUUCCUUGAGGGAAAAUGGCUGGAACGGAGAAAGCUCAGGUGUUGCAGAAUCAUCUGGGCUGCCUGACAAGAGAGGAAGACAUCAAAACAGAUAAUAAAAAGAGAACUGAAGACCUGCUGAGAGAGAUUCAAGCUGAGAGGAAGAAGAUUGCUGUGGAGUGGAAGGAGAUGCAUGAGACUCUAGACGAGCAACAGCAGCUCCUACUGAGCUGGCUACAAGAGAUGGAAAACAACGUUGUCCACACUAAGAAUGAGAUCAUCAAGUUUCCUAGGGAGACCUUCCUCCUCAGGGAACUGGGUAGAGAGAAGACACAGCAGCCACUGCUGGGUGUGGCUGGCACUGGGUGCAGAGAGGAGAUGUUUUUCCUAAAGUCACAGGCAAAUUUGGAGGAACUGGAGCAGAAACUGCACAAUUUUGCUCACAAAAGGGCCUUUUUGCAGCAGAUGAUGCUGGGCUUCAAAGAGACUCUGCAGCUGGAGUUGAACAACAGUGGAGCUCUAACAGGAGAUGGACAGGUGAACAAGAUGGAAGAUGAAAAACCUCAGAUAGUUCAUUCCAAGCAAAAGGAACCAUCAGAGAGGCCCAUGGAAGGAGCCAUAGGGAUCCGUUUCCCACAUCAGGAACCAGAAGAAGGUCAAGAGAAUCAAUCAGAGAGAGCACCAAGGAGUAACCUGAGCAAAGGAGAAGAGGAGGAAAAAUCCAUUCCUGGAGAAGGAGGUGACAGGGACCCUGAUGGCAACAAAGUUCAGCAGAGGACUUUAGAGAACAAGAAGCAGAAGACAUGUGCUGAGUGUGGGAAGAGUUUCAGUCAGAGCUCACGACUUAUCAGGCAUCAGAGGAUCCACACAGGAGAAAAACCAUACAAGUGCUCCGAUUGUGGGAAGAGUUUUUGCCAGAGAUCCGGCCUUAUUGUUCACCAGCGAACCCACACAGGUGAGCGGCCAUAUAAAUGCUCUCACUGUGAGAAAAGCUUCAGCUUGAACUCUAACCUCAUCGCACAUGAGAGGACCCACACGGGGGAGAAGCCAUUCAAAUGCUCGCACUGUGGGAAAGGCUUUAGUCAAAGGUCAGGCCUCAUUGCUCACGAAGGGACCCACAGAGAAGAGAAGCCGUACAAGUGCUCAGAGUGCGGGAAAAGCUUCUGUCGGAGCUCAGAUCUCAUUGUCCACGUGACGACCCACACAGGAGAGAAGCCUUACAAGUGUUCUCACUGUGGGAAGAGUUUCAGUCGGAGGCCGGACCUCAUUGUUCACGAGAGAACCCACACAGGAGAGAAACCAUAUACAUGCCCUGACUGUGGAAAAAGCUUUAGCCAGAGAUCAGGCCUAAUGGCGCACGAACGGACCCAUGUAGAGGAGAAACUGUACAAAUGUAUGGUUUGUGAUAAGAGUUUUAGUCAUAGCUCACACCUCAUUGUCCAUGAGACGACCCAUGUGGAAGAGAAACCCUUUAAGUGCCUGGACUGCGGGAAAAGUUUUGGACGGAAGCCAGACCUAAUAGCACACCACCGAAACCACACGGGAGAGAAACCGUAUGAAUGCUUGGAUUGUGGGAAAUGCUUCAGCCAGAGGCCUAGCUUGAGUGCCCAUGAAAGGACUCACAUGGGAGAGAAGUUGUACCCAUGUUCAGAAUGUGGGAAGAGCUUCCGGAACAGCUCCAACCUUAAAUCCCACAAGAGGACCCAUAUUGGGGACAAACCAUAUAAGUGUUCAGUGUGUGAGAAAAGUUUCAAGUGGAGCUCUAACCUUAUUGCCCAUGAAAGAACCCACACUGGAGAGAAACCAUACAGAUGCUUAGACUGUGGGAAAAGCUUCAAAUGGAGCUCAGAUCUUAGCAGACACCAGAAAAUCCACAUGGGAGAGAACGCAUGAAAGAUCCAAGCGAGAGGAAAACUUUUCAGUGUGCUUUGACACAGUGCCACGGACAAUACAUUUUGUCCCAAGAGCGGGGAGGAGUGGACAGGCGGGUUUUUGUUCUUGGUUCAUUUGUGUAUAUGAGCAUUGUGUUGUAUUGUUUGAUAAGCAGACAUGUGGAAUUAGCACUAUUGCUGCAGGAUACUGGAGACCUACAGCUCAAUAUAUAGCUGACUGUUUCAAAUGGGUAUGGGGAUUUUAAUCAUGAGCAUCAAUUCUCCCCAAAAUAAAAUUGUGUUCAGGUGGAAUUCCGCUCUUCCACAAAUCCUC